AUGACAGUAUCUUCCACUAUCGAUGGUCUCAAGACCUCUAUGCUAGCGGUCGCGCAAACAGCAGAUAUGCCCCAUCGUACGCUCAGCAAGUCGAUGACUUUUGCCAAUCUGGAUCAAUACCAAUACUGGCAUGCCGUCGGUUCAAUGCUGGGGAGAAUGCUCUCCAACGGCAACUACUGCAUCCAUAAGCAAUAUGAAUAUCUGUGUCUCUUCGCGCAUGUUAUAAUUCCAAAGCUGGGACCGUUCCCAGGCGGAAGGGACAUAUACAGAUGUUUGCUCGGGGGCACCGGUUCCGCGGAGCUCAGUCAAAAUGUCCAGAAACUAGGCCGGACUGCACGGGUUGCAUUCGAGCCUACAAGCUACAUCGCUAGCACAGGAGUCGACCCGCUUAACAGACACACGGUACAUGCUGCCCUGACUGAAUUGAGGACUAUCGGGUCUGCCACGAUUGACAUGGAACUGCAUCAACUACUCGUCAACGAGCUAACUUUGACGGACCGAGAGGAAAAGCUCAUGUCUCCGGAACAAAUCUCGGGCACUGCGUGGAAGACGCAAAUUCUGCUUGCUUUGGAUUUGGGACAGACUGGUAUUAUGGUCAAGGAGUAUUUCUACCCGGCACUUAAAGCUUCCGUGAUAGGAAGAACCGUGGCUGAGUUGUGCUUUUCUGGUAUCCGGAAAGUGGAUACGCAAAGGGUUUUCGAAGCUCCGAGCAAGGUCAUUGAGACCUAUAUGCAAUCCCAGAGCCAGACAGACCUCUACUUCUUGUCCUGCGAUCUGGUCGAUCCAGCGCAAACUCGAAUCAAGCUUUACCUGAUGGAGCUAGACAUGAGACUCGAAAAGGUUGAGGAGCACUGGACAAUGGGCGGCAAGCUGAGUGAUGAAGAAACAUUGCUUGGACUGAAAAUGUUGCGAGAGCUGUGGGUGGAGUUUGGGAUUAUAGAGGGCAUGCGGAAUGAGCCGGAACGGCCAUCGCUGCCUGGAGAUCCUGACACCAUUGUUCCCUUUAUCAUGAACUACGAGAUGAAUCCCGGCGAGGCAUUACCCAAGCCUAAAUUUUAUUUCCCUUUGGUUGGCAUCUCGGAGCUGAAAAUCGCCAAUGUGCUAACUACGUUCUUUGAACGCUAUGAUAUGCCUGAGCAGGCUGCAGUGUAUCGUGAUAAUCUGCAGACAUAUUACCCCAGCAAGGACUUGGCUGUCGCAACGGAUCAUCAGGCAUGGCUGUCCUUUUCGUACACCAAGAAGAAAGGACCAUACCUUACCAUGUACUACCACUAG